GACCAAACACAGUGGAGGCGCGAGUCGCGUUCAGUAGUCUUUUCAAAAAGUCGUUGUAACGGACAGCUGCGGACAGAUGUUAAGUAUGAGGGCAGCGUUAUGAAAGGGUCUGUGUGUUGCUGCCGCCAUGACACAGUCUGUUAUUGUCCAAGUUGGACAGUGUGGCAACCAGGUUGGCUGCAGGUUUUGGGAUCUUGCUUUGCGAGAACAUGCCCAUGUCAAUAAAAAAGGAUUGUAUGAUGAGGCUCUCAGUAGCUUUUUCAGAAAUGUGGACUCGAGGAAAAGUGACAGGGGAACCUGUGUUGGUGGGAGAAUCCAACAUCUGAAGGCCAGGGCGGUGCUGGUGGACAUGGAGGAGGGUGUGGUCAAUGAGAUCCUGCAGGGCCCAUUGAGAGAAGUGUUCGACAGCACUCAGCUCCUCACAGACGUGUCAGGUUCCGGCAACAACUGGGCAGUUGGACACAUGACAUAUGGCUCAGCCUACAGGGAGCAGAUAGUGGAUACACUGAGGAAGGCAGCAGAACACUGUGACUGUCUGCAGUGCUUCUUUCUCAUUCACUCUAUGGGAGGAGGUACUGGUUCUGGCCUGGGGACCAGAGUCCUGAGCCUGCUGGAGGAGGAGUUCCCUGAGGUGUGUCGAAUUGUCACCUCCAUUUAUCCGUCUGCUGAGGACGAUGUCAUCACCUCUCCCUACAACAGCGUUCUGGCCAUGAGAGAGCUCACCGAGCACGCCGACUGUGUCCUGCCUGUGGAAAAUCAGUCGUUGGUGGACAUCGUGAACAAGAUCAAACAUAUGUCUCACGGUGGAAGGCCAGGCUCGAUGAUCAAGAGAGACAGCACCAUCAUCUCUGGGCAGGGCGGGCUCAGUGGGGCAGAGAAGCCCUUUGAUGCCAUGAAUAACAUUGUGGCUAACCUGUUGCUCAAUAUUACCAGCUCAGCUCGUUUUGAGGGAUCUCUCAACAUGGAUCUGAAUGAGAUUGCCAUGAAUCUGGUCCCCUUCCCUCAUUUACACUACCUGGUGCCCAGCCUCACCCCUCUCUACACACUGGCAGAUGUCAGUGUCCCCACCAGAAGACUGGAUCAGAUGUUCAGUGAUGCCUUCAGCAAAGACCACCAGCUAAUCCGAGCCGACCCGAAGCACAGCCUCUACCUGGCCUGCGCCCUCAUGGUCAGGGGAAAUGUGCAGGUGUCCGACCUCCGCAGGAACAUUGAGAGACUCAAGCCUUCGCUGCCCUUUGUCUCGUGGAACCAGGAAGGCUGGAAGACUGGCCUGUGUUCAGUGCCUCCUGUGGGUCAUUCCCACUCCCUGUUAGCCCUGGCCAACAACACCUGUGUGAAGCCCACAUUCAUGGAGCUGAGAGAACGCUUUACCAAGCUCUACAGGAAGAAGGCUCACUUACACCACUACCUGCAUGUAGAAGGGAUGGAGCAGAGCUUCUUCUCAGAGGCCAUCAACUCUCUCAGCUCGCUGAUUGAAGAGUACCAGCAUCUGGAUGCCACCAAGGGGAGACUCAUGCCUGACGCACCCAGACUCAGCGUCGCCAGAUGAAGUUCCCCUCUAUUGUAGAUCUGUUUUCUGUCUGUCUGCUUGCAUAGCAAUGAUUAUUGUUCCAAAUGAAUUCACACAACCAAAUCUUUUGUCUAUACUUUUAUAACUUAUAUAUAUGAAUAUUGUCUAAUUUAUCAACAAAAAAAAAGCAGGAACUUGUAAAAAGAAUGGAAGAGUUUAUUUAAACCUGUAGUAUGACCUGACUUGGCAUUGUUUAGGCCCCCUGUUCAUAGCAUUGCGAGGUACUGUUAAUGAGUCGACAUCUGCUGUUACAGCUACUGCACUGGCCACAGUCUUUGUUGUUCUUGCACGUAAGAUUCAUAAACGCUUUUAUCAUAACUAAAAA